UCACACGUGUCGUCCGCUUUCUCCCUACUUAACACAUAUAUGCAUGCACCCUUCUUACAAAGAUAGCAAAACAUUGUGAAUCAUCAGAGAGAGUGGGGAAAAAUGGAGAAAAACAAGAGAGCUUUAGGGUUUUUGCUUCUGGUGGUGCUUAUCAAUGGAGUUAUGAUGACGAGAUCAAAUGGAUAUGAAGGAGAAGAAGAGUGGGGAGGAGAAGGAGGAGGAGAGUGGGGAGGAGGUGGAGGAGGAGGAGAAUGGGGAGGAGGUGGAGGAGGAGGAGAGUGGGGAGGAGAAGGAGAAGGAGGUGGAGGAGGAGGAGGAAGUGGACGAGGCGGAGGUGGUGGAGGAAGAAGAGGAUGGUUCAUGAUGAGAGAUUCGAAGCAGGUGAUCAAAUCAGAAGGUGGAGAGAUGAGAGUUGUGAUAUCACCAAGAGGAAGGAUCAUUGAGAAGCCAAUGCACAUUGGGUUUCUAACAAUGGAACCUAAGACCCUCUUUGUCCCUCAGUAUCUUGACUCAAGCCUUCUCAUCUUUAUUCGUCAAGGUGAAGCAACGCUUGGAGUGAUAUGCAAAGACGAAUUCGGAGAGAGGAAAUUGAAAGCAGGAGACAUCUACUGGAUUCCGGCUGGUUCUGUCUUUUAUUUGCUUAACACAGGCCGAGGUCAACGCCUUCACGUCAUUUGCAGCAUUGAUCCAACUCAGAGCCUCGGUUUCGAAACCUUCCAACCUUUCUAUAUAGGUGGAGGACCGUCGUCUGUUCUCGCUGGCUUUGAUCCUGACACUUUAACUUCAGCAUUCAACGUAUCCCGACCAGAGCUUCAACAAAUGAUGAUGAGUCAAUUCCGUGGCCCGAUUGUACACGUCAUGGAAGGGCCACAACCACAACCGACGAUAUGGACCCAAUUCUUGGGGUUGAGAGGGGAAGAGAAACAUAAGCAACUCAAGAAACUCUUGGAGAUGAAACAAGGAUCCCCUCAAGAUCAACAAUCCACUUCAGGGUGGUCUUGGAGGAAUAUUGUAAGAUCGAUUUUGGAUCUAACAGAAGAAAAGAAUAAAGGGUCAGGAUCGUCCGAGUGCGAGGACUCAUACAACAUCUAUGAUCAGAAACGCAGUUUCAAAAAUGACUAUGGAUGGAGUAUAGCUCUUGACUAUGACGAUUACGAGCCUCUCAAACACUCGGGGAUCGGAGUUUAUCUUGUAAAUCUCACCGCGGGAUCAAUGAUGGCUCCACACAUGAACCCAACAGCCACAGAAUAUGGCAUCGUUUUAGCUGGCUCUGGAGACAUUCAAGUUGUAUUUCCUAAUGGAACUUCUGCUAUGAACACGAGAGUCUCCGUAGGAGAUGUCUUCUGGAUCCCUCGAUACUUCGCUUUUUGCCAGAUCGCAUCUCGGACCGGACCAUUCGAGUUUGUAGGAUUUACCACAUCGGCUCACAAGAAUCGGCCUCAGUUCCUAGUCGGAUCAAACUCACUACUCAAGACUCUGAAUCUGACGUCAUUGUCCAUGGCAUUCGGAGUCGAUGAAGAGACAAUGAGGCGGUUCAUUGAUGCCCAGAGAGAGGCUGUUAUUCUCCCUACCGCUUCGGCAGCUCCUCCGCAUGUCGGCGAAGGGAUGCAAUCAUCUCUUGGAGCCAAAGCGGCAAGAGUUUCAUCGUUUGGAAUCCAUCGGAGUUUUGCAAAGAUCUUCUUCCGAGAUGCUUUGGACACCACCAUUUCCCAUUAUUCAUCUAGACGCUUAAAGAUUAUGUUGCUUCCUCAAAGCCAAGAGUUUUAUGAUUUACCUUCGACGUUUGUUCAACCGACAGUGAUCUCAAGACCGAUAUGUAGGAAUUUCAGUCAUGGUACGGUGAAUCUUGUGAUAUCAGAAGGGAAACCAAAAUUUGAAACUCGGGAGCUUGAUCCUCCCAAGAAGUAUAAGUGGUUGACGAAAAAGCGGUUGAAGUUGAAAAGAAAGAAAGAAAGAGAGGAAAGAAAUGCAGCUAAUAGGAAAGACCCGCGGCGACUUACUGUUAAAGGGAAGAAGAAGAAGUUUGUUAAUGCAGAGGAAAGAAUCAAGUACAAGCUUGAAAAGGCCAAGAUUAAAGAAGCAUUGCUGAUUGAGAAACUAAAACGGUAUGAAGUUGCGAAAGUGCAGGGACCUGAGGUUCGACCUCAUGAGAUUACCGGGGAAGAACGAUUCUAUCUGAAGAAAAUGGGUCAGAAAAGAUCUAAUUACGUACCGAUUGGGAGAAGAGGAGUGUUUGGUGGUGUUAUAUUAAACAUGCAUCUGCAUUGGAAAAAGCAUGAAACCGUUAAGGUUAUCUGCAAUAAUAGUAAGCCAGGCCAAGUGCAACAAUACGCAGAGGAGCUUGCCAAACUGAGUGGUGGUGUGCCUGUUAACAUCAUCGGCGAUGAUACAAUCAUAUUUUAUAGAGGGAAGGGUUAUGUGCAGCCACAAGUUAUGUCUCCAAUCGAUACACUAUCGAAGAAAAGGGCAUAUGAAAGAUCGAAGUACGAACAAUCUCUUGAAUCUGUGAGACAUUUUAUAGCAAUUGCAGAGAAGGAACUUGAACUUUAUUACAGGCAUGUUGCUCUUUAUGAUGACCCAAAUAACAGAAAUCCUCUUUCGAUAUUGGAUGAUUCUCCAUCGGAAUCACGUCAACACCGUGAGAAUGAGUUCUAUUUGAGUUGUUCGGAUACUGACGCUAAUUCCGAAGAUGAAGAUGAAGAGUUCUGUGAAUUAGAUAAUGGUUCUUCUUCUUCUUCUUUUUCUUCUGCAAAGGAAGAGUUGUCUGAGAGUGAAAACUGAUAGCGAAUUGGAUAUUUAGAAACUUUGGUUUGUAGGUUUGGUAAUAAUUAAACGCAGAAAUUAAAUGAUUUCUUGUGUA